AUGCUUGGGCAAAGCUUAAAGAAUUAUUUUCGUCGGGCAUCCCUGGCUCAAAAACUGGUUGAUGACGCCGAAUCCAUCAACCAAGACUCUGAAACUGGAAGUGUGAGAGAGUUUCCUUCCACCGAGAUAGAAAUCAACGAAGAGAAGGAUGACGACAUUCAAAUCCCAACAACGGACUACGAAUCGUCAGUGGGAAGAAAAGAGGGACAAGCCUUGAAUGUUAAGAUGAUGGCGAAAAUGUUUACAGAGAAGGGCAUUGCUCAGAAUAUUCUCCAACCUGCUCAAAAUAUUCUCCAACCGGCUACAGUAAUUUGCCAAGAAACGACAAAGGCGAAACCAGAAGAGGAGGUGAAAGCAAGACCUCUACAACGCAGUGAGAGCAUGACGUCAUCUUGUGUUUCAGUUAUUGAACGUGUUGAAUCUCCGAACCUUUUUCCGGAGAAGGUUCAGUUACCCACCAAAAUCCAAGUUCAGGAAGACAAAGAGAUAAAAGGUACGCAAGAAGACAUCAAGAAGAGAAAACGACGGAGACAUAAGCGAACCAACAAGAAAUGCAAAGAAUCGGAUACGGAAAGCUGUGAAUCGGAUGAUUUCAAAAAUGGAAACUGGAUGCUUCAACAAAAUAAUGAAAAGAAAGAUAACUAUAUCAAAAUCACCAUGGAAGAUUUGAAGGAAUUGAUAUCAGGAGGGAAAGGAACACAGUUGAAGAACACAGCAUCGAAACAUGACAUGGAGAUGAAACUGCGACGCUUGGAAUCGGUAGAUUAUGACUGCACGGACACAGAAACUCUUAACAGUGGAUUAUCCUUCAGCAGUGGGAAUUCCCAGGAUGCACUUCUUCCCAUGCAUAAACGGACAUCAUCGUUGCAUCUGGUCAACCCGGCAAGGGUUGGGAUUCUGAAACGAUUCCUUCCAUCUAUAAAUGUGGAAGAGUCCCAAAGUUCUGACUCGGUCCAAACCGGAGAUACCUAUCUCUAUGACAUGCCAGCUACACCUCGUGUGAACUAUCCCGAAAAACGAAGAAAAAGUCUUCAGCCAGAAAUGCUGAGAUACUACGACAAUUGCCAUUCUUCACUGCAUAUGUACACAGAUAUGCUAAAGGGAACAAGCAGACGACAUCGUUACCAAAACAAGGAAUUCUACGAUUCCUCUUUUCGACGACCAAGCAUGAAUCCAAUGAAGCCCUCAAGAUAUGGAGUAAGUUUUGAAGAUGAACACUUUAACUACGAUGGAGAACUCGAGGACGAAUUCGACUGUCAUCCAUAUUCAGGUUAUCAACCAAUGAAGACAAGAAAACCCAUGAUGGUUCCUAACCGUAGGUUGUCUGUUCAACCAGACGGUGUCUGGAACACCCCGAUGAGUAUGCCAAUGAACAGUGACCCACAAAUAGGAUUUACCCAACCUUCUCAGAUCGUUCAACAAGUUCCUGUUCCCGUACUAGUUAAUCAACAACCUGCGGUUAGUCCUGCUAUCCCCAACGUUCCAGUCGCCGUGCCAAGUUCGACAGUCCAGCCGCCACAAAAUAACGACAUUCUACAGCAACUCCAGAACGUACUAGACACUGGGGCUUUGGAUUCUCAAGCAAAUGAUUCAUCUCAAUCCCAAUCUGAAGAUACUAGGAAAGAAGAUAACUCUCUAGAAGCUCAUCUAAACCGUGUUCGUGAAAUGAUGGCCGAAAGAAAAAAGCGAUCAGAAGAGAAUAAACCUUUCCUUAUAGCCAAAAUCCUGACGAUCAUUGCCAACACUUUAUUACUGUUUUGUUCGGGCGGAGUAGCAGGAAUCGGUAUUUUAUAUAUGGUCAAAGAAGACAGCGCCAUCUACACAGGAGUUACUCAGUCAGACAGUUCCGACCAGAAUUUCCAGUUCUUCUGCUACACACUCUGUCUGGUUGGAGGGCUCGUACUAGGGAUUCUUGUUUGUGGAUUUUGUGGAAGCAUUAAGGCCAAACAGGCAUGCUUAAAGUUGUUUAUGAUAGCGGUGGGUGUCGCCUUAACGAUAGAGAUAGGACUUGUGGUCUUUCUCUACAUGGUAAACUCAACAUCUGUUCCAGUGUUUUCCCUGAUUUCAAGUGCUAUUGAAACCAAUUUAAUCAAACAGCUACGGGAGAUAAUCAUACACCAGUACAUGGAGGGUAGUGUUGCAGCCACCGCCUGGGAUAACAUUCAGGUUAUGGCGGAGUGCUGCGGAUGCUUAGGAGCAGACGACUACAAGUUGAGUUCGUGGAAAAAUGCAACCACCACCGACAAAAAGCAAGGAGUUCCCAACAGUUGUUGUGUGUUGAAAGAGAAAACCCUAUCAGAUCCUGAACCAACCAAUAAAUUGUUGUGCCACACAAUGGUAUCUGGAUUUUGGCAUAAACGAGGUUGUAUUGAAGUCCUGAGAGAAUGGUAUCACAACUUGAGCAUGAUGACUUUGGCUGCAACUGGGGGACUUUUUAUCAUUGAAAUCAUUUGCAUCAUUUUUGCAUUACGGUUAUUCAUGAAAACAAAGCAGAAAAAGGAACGUGAAGAGAAACGAAGGAAAGAAGCUCUGGAAAAAGACAAGAGAGAAAAAUGA